AUGAGCAGCAAAUACUUUGCCCUCGGGGCCGCCGCCGACGACAGCGAGUCGACGCAACGCUUCUUCACACGCAACAAGUUCCUUCCAUCUCUACCCACCAUGCUGCCGCACCGCCUGCGCCGCAAGUUCCGCAGCACACGCUCCAAGAUCCGAAGCAGACAAACGCCCACCUCGUCCAUCUCGGCCCUGCAGACCAGCUUCAACCCCAAAGACACGCUGCGCUCCCUCCGCGACCACCAAUGGUCCGUCUACGACGCCCAAUACCUCUUCCUCGCCGUCAUCGGCAUCUUCGCUCUCUGCGUCAUCCAAUCGCCCGGUCCCAUGGUCAAGACGGCCGUGGCUACGCUGUUGAUGCUGUCGCUGCUGUUGCCCAUCACUCGCCAAUUCUUCCUGCCAUUCUUGCCAAUUGCCGCAUGGCUCGUCUUUUUCUUCUCCUGCCAGUAUGCCGCAUCAGCCUCUCCUUCUCGCGUCUUCUCGUCCCCUGCUAACUCGCCCUCGCCAGANUUCAUCGACGGCAAAUACAGACCUCCGAUCUGGGUACGCGUGCUGCCUGCCCUCGAAAACAUCCUUUACGGUGCAAACUUGAGCAACAUCCUCUCCGCCCACAAGGCCGUCGUCCUCGAUGUCCUCGCCUGGUUGCCUUACGGCAUCACCCACUUCGGUGCCCCAUUCGUCUGCUCUGGUCUCAUGUUCCUCUUCGGCCCGCCCGGAACCACCCCCACUUUCGCGAGAGCCUUCGGUUACAUGAACUUGACCGGUGUCAUGAUCCAGCUGUUCUUCCCUUGCUCGCCUCCCUGGUACGAGAACAUGUACGGCCUCGCUCCCGCCAACUACUCCAUGCAAGGCUCUCCCGCCGGUCUGGCCGCAAUCGACAAGCUCUUCGGUAUUGACCUGUACACUUCGACUUUCACCGCCUCACCUAUGGUAUUUGGUGCUUUCCCCUCGCUGCACUCUGGAUGUGCCACCAUCGAAGCCUUGUUCAUGAGCCACACCUUCCCCAAGCUUCGUCCCCUGUUCAUCAUCUACACGGGCUGGCUCUGGUGGUCUACCAUGUACCUCUCUCACCACUACGCUGUCGAUCUUGUUGGUGGUAGCUUGCUUUCCGCCGGUGCUUACUACAUCGCCAAGGGCAAGUUCCUGCCAAGACUGCAGCCUGGCAAGAUGUUCCGCUGGGAUUACGAUUAUGUCGAGGUCGGAGAAGCUAGAGAGCGCCAUGCUUAUGGUCUUACCGACCUGGCCGAGGAUGACUUCCACCCAGCCAACUUCGGCAUGGAUAGCGGCGACGAGUGGACUAUGGGCUCUUCGUCCUCGGUAGCAUCCUCCAGCAGAAGCCCUUCGGUCGGUGCAAGGAGCCCUGUAGACGAGUCUUGGGAGGGAGACACUCUGGCCUCGACAUCGGACAACGAGUACUACCAGCAAAAGACACAACAAAAGGCAUGA